AUGAUUUCUGAUAAAACAAUAGCACCCAAAUUUGUUCUUGCUAUUCUCUUCUGUGUGUUUGUUUCAGGAGAUGGACAAGUGAGAUGCAUAGAGAGUGAAAGAGAAGCUCUUCUCAGCUUCAAGAAUGGCCUCAUCGACGAGCGUGGUGUUCUCUCAUGGCAAAGCGACGAAUGCUGCGAAUGGAAUGGCGUUGAGUGCAGCAACACCACUAGCCACGUCAUCGCCCUCCAACUCAAUUACUUACACUUGAGAGGUAAGGUCAGCGCUACGUUGCUUGAGUUGCAUCAUUUGAAUUUUCUCGACCUCAGUUGGAUAGACUUCGGAGGCAUUCCAAUCCCGGAAUUCAUUGGUUCCAUGAAUCAACUACAAGACUUGUAUCUUAGCCGGUGUAAAUUUUCUGGGACCGUUCCUCCUCAGUUAGGGAACCUUACCAACCUACGCUCGCUCGUUCUCUCUUUUAACUCUUUGAGUUAUGUACCACUUUCAAUACUUGAUUCUAUGUGGGAAUCACUUGAAUUACUGAACUUGUCUUAUAACCAACUCAAUGGAUCUUUGCCUGACCUGAGAGCAUUUUCUUCAUUAACACAAUUGUACCUUAGGGACAAUAACUUCACCGGCUCCAUUCCUCAAAGCGUUGGCAAACUAUCCAAGCUUCGAGCUCUAGACCUUUCUUAUAAUUCUUUGACAGGUUUAGUCCCUCCAAGCAUUGGCCAACUCUCCGAGCUUCAAGAUCUAUAUCUUUCUCAUAAUUCUUUGGAAGGUUUAGUCUCCGAAUCCAACUUCAUCAAGCUUGAUAAGUUAAAGACACUUGACUUAUCCUUCAAUUCAUUGAUCUUGGAUAUUCCCCUUGAUUGGAGUCCUCCUUUUCGGUUGGAAACUAUAUCUUUAGUCAGGUGCAAUGUGGGCCCAUCUUUUCCAAAAUGGAUCCAAACUCAGAGGAAUUUAUCAUCACUUGAUCUCAGUGGUGCCAAUAUAACAGAUGAAGCCCCGAGUUGGUUGUGGAGUUUUUCAUCUUCACUAAUAGAGCUAUACGUUUCCGACAAUCAAAUAAGUGGUACAUUUCCGAAUCUCUCAUCUUCUUCCAUCGAGUAUAUGGAUCUUAGCUACAAUCAAUUCUCAGGUCCUAUACCAUUAUUUCCCGCCAAUGCUAAUCGUAUUCACUUGAGUGGAAAUAUGUUCUCGGGUUCAAUUUCAUCCAUUUGCAAAACUAACUACGAUCAGCUUAACGCCCUCGACAUCUCUAGUAAUCAGUUGGAAGGAGAGGUUCCCGAGUGCUGGGAGAAAAUGCCGAACUUGUACUCCCUCAAUUUGGCUAACAACAAUUUUUCCGGUGAAAUUCCUGGCUCUCUAGGUGAACUUGACCUCCUUGCACUACAAUUGCAUGGUAAUAAUUUAUCUGGUGAGUUACCUUACAAUUUGAGACUUUGCCAAAAUUUGAGCAUCAUUGAUGUUGGAGGGAACAAGUUAACUGGAGAGAUCCCUACUUGGAUUGGCCAAUUGUAUAACAUGCAAUUUCUAAACUUUCGUGGAAAUAAUUUGCAUGGCAGUAUUCCUCCCGAGAUAUGCAAUCUUACUAAAAUUCAAGUUCUGGAUUUGUCGAUAAACAACUUAUCUUCGAUAAUUCCAGAUUGCUUCAACAAUUUUACUUUCUUGGCUAGUAAGGAUACCACAAAUAUUCUUCCAGUUCUUUUUGGUGUAAUGCACUUAUUACUUAAGAACAGAAAUCACUAUGAAUAUUCUUCAUUUCAAUGGAAAGGGAAGGAAUUCGAGUAUUCGGAAAAUCUCGGGCGCCUCAAGCUUGUUGACUUUUCAAGCAAUAGAUUGACAGGGAACAUUCCGAAAUCAUUUUCCAUGAUGAGGGGAUUAAGAUCCUUGAAUUUGUCAAGAAAUAGUUUGACGGGAGAUAUAAUUCCAGAUAUUGGUAAAAUGGAGACGCUAGAUUCUCUUGAUCUGUCACACAACCAACUAUCUGGCAAGAUACCUACAAGUUUGGUAGAAGUACACAAUCUUGGUGUUCUUGACUUGUCAAGCAACAAUCUAUCUGGAAAAAUUCCAACGAGUACUCAACUUCAGAGCUUCACAACAUCCACUUAUGCCGAGAAUGAUGGACUUUGUGGCGACCCUCUGCCAAUGUGCCCCGGAGAUAGCUUGAGGCCACCCACCACUAAUCGAAGCGAGAACGUGGAUGAGAAAGAUGGCAACACCUUCUCAUUUAUGGAAGAAGUGGGCAUAUCAAUAGGCUUCGGUUUUAUCUUUGGAUUUUGGGGAGUUAUUGCUUCAUUCAUAGUGAAGAAAUCAUGGAGAAUCGCAUUCUUCAACUUGUUUGAUGAUGCUGGAGAUUGGCUCUACGUCAGGAUUGCUGUGUUUGUAUUCAAAUGGAGACGAAGUUGA